UGAAAUCAGGCACUUGUUUACAAAUCUUAGCAACACAAGUUCAUUUCAACCGAUAACUUAAAUUUGGUAAUAUAAAAACGAGAUUACACUUAAAAUCUUGUUAUUGUGAGUUCUAAUUAAGAAGCAAUACUUAUUGGUGUUGAUUCUGAACAUGAUAUAAAAAUUAAAAAGCAUGGCACCAAAGGAAGUCGAUUAUUUGGAGAUAGCACAACAAAGGGCUAUAGAAAAAAAAACCCAUGUUAGUUUUCCGCAGUUGAAGUAUCCAUCAUUGAGAGAUGAAGGGCUACGAGAUCCUGUGCAAUGGUUAACUGGUAAAGCUAUAGAUGAUGGAGCGGAAGGUCUAUGGAGAGUUCAUGAUAAACUAUAUGAUCUCGAUACAUUUAUCAAUAAACAUCCAGGAGGUAGUGAGUGGUUGCAAUUGACAAAGGGAACGGACGUAACCGAAGCUUUUGAAGCACAUCAUUUGAACCCAAACACUGUGAAAGUACUUGAGAAGUUUUAUAAAAGAGAUGCUAAAACGCCAAGAAAUUCUCCAUUCACAUUUAAAGAUGACGGUUUCUAUCGAACGUUAAAGACCAAGGUUUGGGAAGAAAUUCAAAAGAUCCCAAAUAAGGAAAGUGAUAGGACUGCCUUUAUUUGCGAUAGUCUUCUGUUCACCUGCCUAGUAAGUUCAACAAUAACUUGUUGGGCCAAAGACUAUUGGAUUGUAAUGUUAUCGUAUAUUGUAGCAUCAGUCAGUAUGGCUUGGGUAAUCGUUGCUGCACACAAUUAUAUACACAAGAGAACAAGCUGGCGAAUGUACAUUUUUAAUAUUGGAUUGUGGUCGUACAGAGACUUCCGAGUUUCCCACGCGUUAUCACAUCACCUGUACCCAAAUACGUUAAUGGAUUUAGAAGUGAGCGGAUUUGAACCAAUUGUAUUCUGGAAUCCAAGAAAGGAGCGACCAUUCUACGCUGACUACGCAGUGAUUAUUGAACAGAUAUUAUUUCCGUUUAUGUUCAUCAUGAACUUCUUGAAAAGAUUUAGCCUCAACUUUACGCGUCCUGGCUUCUUCACCCAACAUUACCGGUGGCACGAUGGUGUGGGAUUCCUAUUACCAGUAUGGAUGUAUAUAACUGGAGGCGCCACAUUUUACGACACUAUGAUUAUGUGGCUCUGGAUCAAUUGCACAGCUAGUUUUGUAUUCUUCACGAUUGGAUCAAACGCUGCUCAUCAUCAUCCAAAUAUAUUUAAAGAUGGCGAUGAAGUCAGUGAAAUAAACCCUGAUUGGGGAAUGCAUGAAUUAGAAGCAGUGAUGGACAGAACGGAUAUAAAUGGAAGUCAUUUUAGAGUGAUGACAUUCUUUGGUCACCACGCGCUGCAUCAUCUCUUCCCAACCGUGGACCACGCUGUUCUAGAACAUCUGUACCCCUUGUUCUUGGAACACUGUGAGAAGUAUAGAGCUAAUUUUCGUAUGACGACACAACUUGACUUGUUUAUCGGCCAAAUAAAAAUGACAUUGAAAACACGUCCAACCCUAUUGUCUGAAAGGAAGCAAGAACAAUGAUUUAAUUAUUAAGUAUCAAGUGUUUAAUUUCUUAUAUUACCCAUAUGUUACGUGUUAAACCUAUAUAAACUAUUAUUGUACUAA